AUGGAAACUGUAGAAAUGAAUAGUGUAUCCUUGAAACGUCCUCACUCUGAGGAUGAUGUGGCUAAUGCAGAUGAAAUUAAAAGACAGAAGACCUCACAGAAGUCUAAGACAGGGAAUGACUCUGGGCAGAGCAUCAAGACUGUAACAGAGCAACCUGACAAAUCUCUGCUUGAGGACACGAAAAAUGAAAUAAUCCCCAAUGAGUUAAGUGAGGAUCAGGAAGAUGAGGAACUAGAAGACAGUGAUGAAGAUGGAGAUCCAGAGAGCUUUGCAGACAUGAUGAAGCAUGGACUGACAGAAAGUGAUGUUGGCAUAACUAAAUUUGUUAGUGCUCAUAAAGGGUUUUCUGGAAUCUUGAAAGAGAGAUACUCUGACUUUGUUGUCCAUGAAAUAGGCAAAGAUGGACGUGUGAGCCAUUUAGAUGACUUUUCUGUUCCUGUGGAUGAUGAGGACCCACCAGAAGAAACCUUUACAGUUUUGUCAGAGGAAGACAAACAGCGUUUAGAGGAGCUCCAGCUUCUUAAGAAUAAGGAAACUAGUGUUGCCAUAGAGGUAAUGGAAGACACCAAAGAAAAAAGAACAGUUAUCCAUCAGGCUGUGAAGUCCUUGUUUCCUGGACUGGAGACUAAAACAGAAGAUCGAGAUGGAAAGAGAUACAUUAUUGCUUAUCAUGCUGCUGGGAAAAAAGCACUGGCAAAUCCAAGAAAACACUCUUGGCCAAAAUCUAGGGGAAGCUACUGCCACUUCAUACUGUACAAAGAGAACAAGGACACUAUGGAUGCCAUUAAUGUCCUGUCCAAAUUUUUAAGAGUAAAGCCAAACAUAUUUUCUUACAUGGGAACUAAAGACAAAAGGGCAAUAACAGUUCAAGAGAUUGCUGUUCUUAGAAUCACUGCACAAAGACUUGCUCAUUUGAAUAAAUGCUUGCUGAACUUCAAAUUAGGAAAUUUCAGUUACAAGAACCACCCACUGAAAUUAGGAGAGCUGCAAGGGAACCACUUCACUGUUGUUCUCAGAAACAUAACAGGAACUGAUGACCAGAUAGAGCAAGCAAUGCACUCUCUCAGGGAAAUUGGAUUCAUUAAUUACUAUGGAAUGCAGAGAUUUGGAACCACAGCUGUUCCUACAUAUCAAAUUGGCAGAGCUAUUCUACAGAACAAUUGGAAUGAAGUAAUGGAUUUGAUAUUAAAACCAAGACCAGGAGCUGAAAAGGGGUACUUAGUAAAAUGCAGAGAAGAAUGGGCAAAGACUAAAGAUCCAGCAGCAGCCCUCAAGAAACUACCUGUAAAAAGGUGCGUGGAAGGACAGCUUCUACGUGGACUCUUAAAGUAUGGAAUGAAGAACAUAAUCUCUGCAUUUGGCAUAAUACCACGAAAUAAUCGUUUAAUGUAUAUUCAUAGCUACCAGAGUUAUGUGUGGAAUAAUAUGGUGAGCAAAAGAAUAGAAGAGUAUGGGCUUAGAGCUGUACCAGGAGAUCUCAUACUUAAAGGAGCCACAGCUGUUCAUAUCGAAGAAGGAGAUGUUGAUAACUACACUAUCCACGAUGUUGUGAUGCCAUUGCCUGGAUUCGAUGUCAUUUAUCCCAAGCAUAAAAUUGGUGAGGCCUACAAGGAAAUGCUAGCAGCUGACAGUCUUGAUAUCAACAACAUGAGGCAUAAAAUCAGAGAUUAUUCACUUUCUGGAGCAUACAGAAAGAUUAUCAUUCGACCUCAGAAUGUCAACUGGGAAGUUGUUGCAUACGAUGAUCCCAGAAUCCCAUUAUUUAUAACGGAUUUGGAUAAGCUGGAAGGAAAACCAUUACCGGUUCUUCCUGCAGAUGGUAAAUUCAGGGCACUAAAGAUGGAGUUCUCCCUUCCCCCAUCAACUUACGCUACCAUGGCCAUUCGAGAAGUGUUGAAAAUGGACACAAGCAUAAAAAACCAGACACAACUGAACACUACCUGGCUACGCUAACUGAACUGCAAAAAUGUAUAAAAAGUGUUUUCCUAUUUACAUCUUCUGUAUAAAUCU